UACAGUAAACUGUCCAAACUAAAUUAUUUAUGCGGAUUCGUUUUGGAAAACUAAUUAGUCAUUCAGAGAACUUUACAUUUUAUUUUUUAAUAUGAAAAAAAUUACCGAGGUCCGGACCUCUGUGACCUCAUAGCUGGCUACGGCCAAGGUGAAAGCUGAGUCACACCCAACAGAUAAACCUGUUUUGCACAUGACUCUUAACACAAAACCAGAAAACUACUUUUCAAGCGACUGUCUCUCUCUGACUGUAUGUAUGUUAGUGAAAUAUGGCAGAAGCUCAUGUUUUUAAGGACAAGUUCAGCUGUUCAGUGUGUUUGGAUCUCCUGAAGGAUCCAGUGACCAUUCCCUGUGGACACAGUUACUGUAUGAUCUGUAUUACAAACUACUGGGAUCAGAACGAUCAGAUGAGAAUCUACAGCUGCCCUCAAUGCAGACAAACCUUCACACCAAGACCUGUUUUAUUUAAAAAUGUGACGAUUGCUGAAAUGGUGGAGGAUCUGAAGAAGACAAAACUUCAGACUGCUGUUCCUGCUGACUCUUAUGCUGAAGCUGGAGAUGUGGAGUGUGACGCCUGUACUGAGAGAAAAUACAAAGCUGUCAAGUCCUGUCUGGAGUGUCUGAAGUCUUACUGUCAAAAUCAUCUUAAACAACAUGAGAAUCUCUUCAAUGACAGGAGGCAUCAUUUGAUGAAUCCCACCAGACAACUUCAUGAGAUGAUCUGCUCAAAACAUAAUAAACAACUAGAAAUCUACUGUCGAACUGACCAGCACUGCAUUUGUUAUCUGUGUACGAUGGACGAACAUAAAAACCAUGAUACUGUGACAGCUGUAACAGAAAGAACUGAGAAACAGAGAGUUUUGGGAGAGCGACAGAGAAAAUUACAUCAGAUAAUUGAGGAGAGAGAGAAGGAGCUUCAGGAGCUGAGAGAGGCUGUGGACUCUCAUGCGCGCUCUGCACAGACAGCAGUGGAGGACAGUGAGAGGAUCUUUACUGAACUGAUCCGAUCCAUUGAGAAAAGACGAUCUGAGGUGACACAACUGAUCAGAGAUCAGGAAAAGACUGCAGUGAAUCGAGCUGAAGGAGUCAUGAAGCGUCUGGAGGAGGAGAUUGAUGAUCUGAAGAGGAGAGACACUGAACUGAAGCAGUUUUCACAUACAGACAAUCACAUCCAUUUCCUACAGAGUUUUCAGUCUCUGUCUGCAGCUCUUGAGUCUUCAGUCUCACACAGAUUUACUCUCAGCUCUCUUCUCUCUUUUGAUGAUGUGAGAAAAUCUCUCUCUCAACUGAAAGACAAACUGGAGGAUUUCUGUAGAGAGGAGAUAUCUGGUGAAGACUCAUAUAUCUCAGUUAUUUCUGAUGAAUUGAAGACCAGAGAGGAUUUCUUACAAAAUUUCAAGCAGUUCACACUGGAUUCAAACACAGUUCAUGAAAACAUUCAGCUGUCUGAUGGGAACAGAACGGCUACUAACACUAACACAGUCCAUCAGUAUCCUGAUCAUCCAGACAGAUUUGAUAUUUAUUAUCAGGUGUUGUGUAGAGAGAGUUUGUGUGGACGCUGUUACUGGGAGGUUGAGUGGAGUGGUGAUGUUAGUAUAUCAGUGUCAUAUAAGAGCAUCAGCAGGAAGGGAGAGGGUCAUGAGUGUGUGUUUGGACAUAAUGAUCAGUCCUGGAGUUUGAUUUGCCAAGAUUCCAGCUGCACAUUCAUUCACAAUAACAAACUCACUUUACUCCCUGUAGUGUCGAGCUCCUGUAGAAUAGGAGUGUAUGUGGAUCACAGUAAAGGAUCUCUGUCCUUCUACAGCGUCUCUGAUACAAUGAACCUCAUACACAGAGUCAACACCACAUUCACUAAACCACUUUAUCUUGGGUUUUGGAUCAUGUCAGGUUCAGUAAAGUUAUGUAAUCCAGCCAUGUAGAUGAGAUGAAGAUUCUCAGUAAUGCUGGAAACUUUAACUAAAGUAAAGAAAGAAAAACAAUUCCCUGCCAGUGACGCUUUCCUGAAGAGUAAAUCUAUUAUCCAAUAGAUUGCACUCUUAGCCAAAUUGUUUUGAUAAUCCGUGUAUGUUUUGAUCAUCAUUCUGAAUCUGAUCUCUAACAAAAUUCCUUUACAAAAAUGCAAUUACUUCGGCUUUUUGUCAAAAAUUUUGUAUUUUUGAAGACACCCAUAUUUAAAGGGGGGGGGGGGGGUUUAAUGGUAUUUCAAGCAUUCUGACUUAUUAACACAGUUAUAGAGUUGUUUCCUCAUGCUAAACGUAGGCAAAGUGUCAAAACAGCAGUUGGGCGUGUUUCAGAGUAUUUCUGUGCCGAAUGCACUUCGCCAGGGUUCGUACAAGUUUCGGAAAGUUUUUUUCGAUUACAGUUCUAACUGACGUUUCAGGGGUUUUCGAUACGUAUCACUUCUUUAUAUGGGCUUCCCCCAGAAAACUUCCCCCGGAAAACCCCGCCCACCUGUCAAUCAGCGGGAGAGGCUAGAGCUGCUAACAGCUUAUCACGCCACUCAGCUUUGUUUAAUUUCAAAAGUCAACAAUGGCACGAAAGAAGAAGUGUGUUUUUGGAUGUAAGGAGAAGACAUCCAGCCUUAUGGAAACAAUGGAUAUAGUUUAUUAUCCGGGGUAGCAGCAGAGUUUUGCGUGUGUUUGAUGCGGUGGAUUUUCCCAACCGGGUCAUGACGAGUUACACGCGGUAAGUAAGACUUCUGUCUUAUGUUGGAAAUAGUCGCGUGCAUAUUAUAUAAAUGACACGAACAUGUAGUGAAUCAUAAGUUAAAACAGUGUUGUAUAGUGUUGCACGACUCGUACUCGCUCCUCCCGCAGUAUAACUCCUCCUCCUUUAUUUUUUCGUACGUUAUCGGAAAGAUUCGGUAAAGCUAAUCUUUCUUUUAUAAAUCUGAUUAAACUAAAGACUCUUCAGAGAUAUAAAGGAUGUCAUACUACUCUAUAGGUACUCCAGAUUAACAUCAGAAAUGCAGAAACAGCAUGUUUUACGUGAGCUUUAAGAGGUUAUAAAAGAGAACAAACGGAGAUAGGAUAAACGUGUUUUUUUUUCAGUUUUGUUUGUUUAUUGUUUGUUUGAAAGCAGAUUUUCUGUUCUUUCAUUUGAUAUAUUUGUAUGUUUAUAUAUUUUUAGAAGACAAUUUUUGUUGAAGGCAUUUUGUGAAACUUUUGUGAAAAUCAGCCUAAAAAAAGGCUGGCCGGGAAUGAGAUUAUUUUAAUAAUGAAUAAUGUUCAAUUCAGGGUUGUGGGGUGAUUGGGACAAGAUUAUUGGAAAAAAAUAAAAAUCUGAAAAUAAAGAAGUGAGUAUUAAACACACACACACGCACGCGCACGCACGCACACAUGCACGCACGCACACACACACGCACACACACACACACACACACACACACACACAGCCCUGUAUCUAUAAAUGAUGUUCUUGAAUGCAUUUUAACUUGAUCUUGAACUACAUCACACUUGAUUAAAAAAAUUACCCCAAAUGUUUCUUAUAUUUUAUGAUCCAUUUGGUUGUAAUGUUGUGAUUCUUCAAGCAACAACUGAAAUAAGUUAUGAUCAUGGUUAUUAUGAGAGUACGACACAUUGGCUUUUGAAUUUUUUUUUGUCACACCGAUAUGAAUGAGGGAGAGUUUGGACUUUUGUUUGCAUGCUAAAGAUCUUUAUGUACUUAUUACCACUGUGUUAUUUAAAUAUAAUGUAUUUGGAUAUAUACAGAUAUGUAUAGAUGCAUAUGUGUAUAGAUAAAAAUUUUCAAUGAUUUUAAGUAAGCAACAUAUUUGACCAAACUGACUCCUUAUGAUAGUUUACAAACCUCUCCAAAUUGUAACUGUGAUCUGCAAUAUCAAUUAAAAUAUUUGUGUUAAAAAUGCAUUUUUUUUCAAACUGAAUAAAUGCUGUCUCUUGAAAU